UGUGUUUUGUUUGUAAACAAGUGACCAGCUACUAUAGCUGUCAAAUGAAUGGAGUGCAGUAAGAAGUUGUACAUUUCUCUAAGCUGUAAUGGUGUAUAAAGUAUAAAAAUGGAAAUACUCAAGUAAAGUACAAGUACCUGAGUAAAUGUACUUAGCUUCCACCACAGGUACACAGGUACUACUACAACUCACUCAACAUCAGUGGACACUAGUUAAUAAAGAUAUUCCCUUCCAGCAAAUUCCACUUCGUGUUUUACUCUCAACACUUGUCGUCAACACGCCAUCAGACCACUUCCCCGCACGGCCCGCACGGCCGCACCACCCAGGCCUCCUAUCAACUGGAUACAAGCAUGCAUUGUCUGCCACACACACAGCCUACAGAGAAACCGAAAACACCUCCAGUUACUUACCUGUGUCAGUUUGCGUCAGGACGCUGCCGUUGAGCUGCUGUGUGAUGUUCUCACGUUUGACGCCGCAGUGAAGGUGAAAUGUGGCAGCUGGCGUGCAGAUAUGGCAGAUAAUCGUGUUUCUUCACCUCCAUACUUGCUAAGUAUGAAGUUAAGGGGGCUGUGACAGCGGCAGGUGGAGUUAACCGACCAACCUAACCCACCCACCCACCAGCCAGCGAGAGCCCGGCCUUUGUUUACCUGCUUCUCAGGUAGGAGUUGAGCAGGGGGCAGGGCCACCCAGGAGGUAGGAGGGAUGCCCGUGGAGGGCGGAAGCAGCAGCGGCUCUGCUUCGGCUGCCCGUCACCCCAAGCAGAAGCGCAAGGCUCACAGUUUGUCUAUCAGGCGCACCAACAGCACAGAGGAGAGGCCACCAGGCAUCCAAAGAGGAGACAUGCUGGAGGGACAGGACUCCAAGCUGCCCAUCUCCUUACGGAACAAUCUUCUUGACCUUUUUGGCCAGAUUGAACGCGAGUUUGAAAAUCUCUACAUUGAAAACCUUGAAUUGCGCCGGGAAAUUGACUCACUGAAUGAGCGUCUGACCGGAGAUGGACAGACUAUUGAAGGAGGAGACCCCACCAAGGGCGCUCUGAAAACAAAAGCCAGCCACAGCACCAGUCAACUGUCACAGAAGCUCAAGACAACCUACAAAGCCUCUACCAGCAAGCGCUUGUACACUUUCCAAGGCAAAAUAGGUGGACCUCGCAACUUCAGUGUGGCCACAUGGGAGUUGUUGGGAGGAGAUUCAUGGAUUGUGUCUAGUUUCAAAGCCACCACUGGUUCCCGGGCUCUGUGCCAGCUGCUGAAGGAGUAUGUGGGCCACCGGGACGGGAUCUGGGACCUCAGUGUCACCCGAACUCAGCCAGUGGUCCUGGGAACCGCAUCCGCAGACCACUCAGCUCUGCUGUGGAGUAUAGAGACUGGCAAAUGUCUGCUAAGGUAUGCCGGACACGUGGGAUCAGUCAACUCCAUCAAGUUCCACCCCACAGAGCAGAUGGCCCUCACAGCCUCCGGGGACCAGACGGCUCACAUCUGGCGCUACAUGGUGCAGCUUCCUGCCCCACAGCCACCACCAGAUGUCAGUGCUCCCUGUGAUGACGACCAGGACUCAUCGGACAGAGAAGAAGGCGAGGUGGACGGCGAGGGCCCUUGCGAGGUCCCCACCGUCCGGGUCGCCACCGCAACCCUGAAGAGCCACCAGGGUGUUGUCAUCGCAGCGGACUGGUUGGUGGGCGGCCGACAAGUGGUGACAGCUUCCUGGGAUCGCGCUGCCAACCUGUACGAGGUGGAGACAUCUGAGCUGGUGCACACACUCACUGGCCAUGACCAGGAGCUGACCCACUGCUGUACCCACCCCACCCAGCGUCUGGUGGUCACCUCGUCCAGGGACACCACCUUCAGACUGUGGGACUUCAGAGACCCGUCCAUCCACUCUGUCAACGUCUUCCAGGGACACACUGACACGGUGACGUCUGCAGUGUUCACGGUGGGUGACAAUGUGGUUUCAGGGAGUGAUGAUCGCACCGUCAAGGUGUGGGAUUUGAAGAACAUGAGGUCGCCUAUAGCAACCAUCCGCACUGACUCAGCUGUGAACAGGAUAAGCGUCUCUGCCAACCAGAGGAUCAUCGCUCUGCCACACGACAAUCGACAAGUGCGACUGUUUGACAUGAGCGGAGUGAGGCUGGCCAGACUUCCACGCAGCAACAGAAUGGGCCACAGGCGCAUGGUGUGUUGCACGGCAUGGAACGAAGAGAACCAGUCGUGCAACCUGUUCACCUGCGGCUUCGACCGACAGGCCAUCGGCUGGAACAUCAACAUCCCCGCCCUGCUGCAGGAGAAGUGACGCCACUGACGCACGUAAAACGCAGAUAACUCACAAUAAAGUAGGAGACUGAUCAGAAUCCCUCCAUGUAUAUACAGUACGAUACACAAAGACACUGUAACCUGCGGCCUCGCACAUGCUCGUACGUUUGAAGCGUUCACCCCGGGAAGCGUUUAAUCUAUUUCACAGCUUUCAAGCAACUGAGCCGAAAGGUGUCAAAAAAAACAUUGUUCAUAUUACCAUUAGUGUUGCUUUUGAGAAUGCAGCUAUUAACACUGGUUGAUGGUAUAUUCCCCUAGAUUAUUUUAUUCUGCACAACAUCUCCCUGAUGUUUAGAAACUGACAAAAACUCCAAGUAUGUGCGAGGCCACAGAGCUGAUCUUCUGUAUUUGAACCUUUCACUUAUUUAGCAUGGAUUGUGAAUUGUGACACGACUAGGCUGACCCAUUCAUUCCUAGCCCUCUAUGUUAAUAUCAAAAUAUACAUAUAUAUAUAUAUAUUUGACUCCACAGUCAUAGGCUGCUGUUGUUUAGUUACUGCUGAAUGGUUGGUCUUGCAUGUAGAUCAACUCUGUGUGCGAAUGUUACUUGUAAAGUUGUGAGAGAACAAUUAUAAAGGCCAGGAACGUCUGUAGAAUACGAUAGAAGAAGUUGUGUACAUAUUACAUCGUGGCCUGAUGAUUAAGUGACCUGUGUUGCAGGUCGUUGCUCGUUAACUGACUUUGUGUCUUACGGUUGUCCAGCUUUCGAGGUUGGAGCUCGGUCGGUCGGUUCUGUGAAAUGUUUUUAUCCUUUUAGUCCAACUUAGAAUAUUCCUCAUCAUGGAACAAAACAUAUCAUUUUCAGGCCUGCCAGAUCACCCCGCGCAGCACGCAGGCAGCCGGGUUCGUCGUCUCGCAACGACCGUUGAGUUGUCUUAAAAUACUUCAAACAGAAUAUGAGAUUUGAGUCUUUGCCUAUUACCUUUCGAUGCUUUCAACUCACCUCCAGCCUCCAUGUUUUGUUGUCAAUAUUUCAAACUUAUGAUACUGUAACUCUGCCUUGUUCCAUGUUUACAGUAGGUUUCUUUUUUUUUUUUUUAAGUAUUGCUCUAUUCUGCCUUUCUGUCAGGAUGCAAAGUGUCAAGCGCAUAGCAAUAACGGGAAAACGACUGCACUUCUGUUGUUCACAAAUCCUGUGAAUGAGGUCUGUGAAUUGGAUGUGUUCAACAUAAUCAUGAUAAUAGUAUUCCCUGUCUGUUGCUGGUGUAGGUGUCGCUACUUUUAGCCAUAAUCUGCCCCCCAUGUUUCCUUACUGUCAGUGAACUACACACCCACCCUCCUCCAGCUCGUUGCCAACUCAAAGCCCUGUGUUGCUGUAACGUCGUCAUCCUCAAGUGAACUUGUCGGUUACUGGUCAUUUCUGUGCUUCGGUAACAGCCUGUUGAUAUAUGAAGUUCUAGUGUUUACACUUUGCUUUCAACCUUUAGCCUUGUACGACCUCUUGCACCUUUUAUCCAAAUACAGAAGCAAUAACAUAGAUCCUCCGUGUUUCUGGUGCUCACAGUGAAGCUCAUUUCUUUCCUGGUAAUCAGUGAAUAUGACUUGAAGUUUGAGAAUUAAAGCUCGUCUAGAACUGGGCUUCACCGAAUUCCAAGAAGCAUCUUGUUACAGUUGUGCAAUAUCCCAAACAUGAAGUCAUGCUGUCGUUUUUUUGGUCCUCAGAUGUUAAAUGUUUAACUUAUUUCAGUGCUGUAAAUCCAAAAUGAUUUUAUGUACUCGUGUGACUGGUGUAGAUGUAGCUCAGUGUACAUAGGUAUGCAUAACUCACCCGAAAGUUGGCUUCAAACUACACUUUACUGCUGUUUCUAGCAACAAUAGAGUCAGGCUGGAUUUUGAAGUAGCAUGAACCUUAAAAUGUAAUAAAUGUAUUGAAAUGCCUUACCAUUGCAUUGAAAAAAAUGGUGCAUUAGCCUUAUCCAUCUGAGCAUCAAUGCACUAUCCCAAAUGCUUGUUAAAUAACUAAUUGUGUUCCCCUGCACAGUGCAGAUAGGAUUUUUACUCCUGUUUCAUUCAGGGAACUCAAUCUCACACCUACUGGUAUCAAUGUCAUUUUAAUCUGCAGGUAGAAAGGCAAGUCCGAUUUGCGCUCCACAUAUGAAUUCUAACUCGGAGGAAAUAUGAUUUUGGAUUGAUACAUUAAAUUAUUGGGUGCCAGAUUGGAGGGCUUUAAAAAAAAAAAAAAAAAAGUGGAUAGGCUUCGCUUCAUUGUGGCGAAUCAUAUUCACCUCCAACUUCAUUAUGUGAUCUACUUUGCAUACUUUAUUGUAACGGGUACGUGCUCUCUGACACUUUCCAAUAAAACGUGUGAUUUCCUU